CAUAUCAGGGUUGACAAUAGUACAGUAGAAUCAUGUUAUAUUGAUUUUUAAAAAAUCGGUUAUUGGGUAGAAGCACGCGGAAACACCAACAUAUUUAUUGGUGCGUAGAAUGAUUCUUUCUUCAUUAUACAUGUUUGUAAACAAAUAUAACAGUUUUAAGGAAAGUAAUAGUUGAAUAACAAGAUUCAGUUGUAAGAGUUGGCGAUGAUGUUAGUAAACAUUGCUCGAUUCUAGUAGGUCCCGCCAGUUUGAAGCGAGAUGUUGUGAGUUGGUGGAUGAGGAGUGGUUUGUUGUGUUUGUGUUGACGCUACGCCGUCGUGAGUUAACUCCGUGUUUGAAUGUUUGCAUAUCAUAGGUUUCAUGUUGGAAAACGUUUUUUCUUUUGUGGUACUUUGUGAUAAAAGAUGACAGAUCUUUUGAUUCAGCCCGUUACUUCGAGAGGGGACACAUUUCCCCGAAGGCUUUUGGAUGGCUGUCGAUCGUCUGUUGUGAAUCGUUAUGGUAGGGCCGGGGAUUCUUUGGGUUCGGAAUUAAAACAUAGCAAGAGUGAUGACUUGGUGCUACAGAGUGCAGGAUUAAUUCCAUCAGAUACUCAACGUACACGAUGCGAUUCAUCCAUUCCGAAAACAGUUUGUGUGGUAUACGAGGACGACGUGGUGUCUUCACAUGUUCUCCCUAAAGCAAAUCAUUUCAGUGAUAAUGAAACUGUUGAGGUUAGGCCAACCAAUUCUGAUAAAGCACCGCGGAAAAUUUCAGGUGACUUUUCUGAUGUGCAACGAAUAUCAAAUCGCCAUGUAGGUUUGUAUGAUCGUGUGGAUCCAGAAGAUAGUAUCCGGGAUAUGAUAACAGAAAAUGAUUUUUACAGAUUUGUAUUAUUCAAGAAGCAUUAUGAAAAGUAUUUACAUCUCUCACAGAAGUAUGAGGAAGCAAGGAACAUUGCAUAUUAUUUGGAGGAGAAGUAUCAUGAAAUAAAGGUAGGAUACUUAUUUUGACCUAAUUUAAAAUUCAUACAUUUAUUGUAAUCUGUACCUUUCGUUGAUGUUUUUGAUCAGCAAUUUAUUUUGAUUUUUGCUGUGACUUGUGAUCCUUUAUAAACAAAGGAAAACCAAAACAAAUGUAAUUGGUCUGUGAGAUUACCAGAUCCAUGCCCACAGAAAAUUAUUUGUUCUCAACUGAUAAAUGGAAUUUAUGUACUGUAAUUUUUAGUAUUAGCUUGUAAUUAUCAGUAUGUGUGUGCCAUUUCCAUGCUAAGUUAGCUUUAAACACUGCAUUACAAAUGAUUAUUGAAUGGUUUGUUACUCAAUACACUUGGAGUUAUAUGUUGAAGCAAAAUUCUGUGGGCAUGCAAACGCCAUGCUCUGUAACCAACUGACCUAUUGUGCAUCCACAUAAUUUAUCCUAAACUAUUGUCAUUAGGGUUGAACAACUGCAUUUGAAGUAAAUGAACCAAAGUCGUGCUAGGUUUACACAGUAACACAGCACAUGCUGCGAACAGGAUCAUUGAGUAAUCCCAACGUGUUUAAUUGUUUUUUCAAGUGACUGGUCUGUUAAUAGUUCUUUGGGAUUUGUGAUUUUAACAUUGAUGUAGAUAUAGGUGGUAGUCCUCUGGGUUGCUGCACCUCAGGGCUGAGGAUGUAGGCAUUGUGUUCCUCUGAAAUGUUGGCUCACAGCCUGAAUGCUAUAUUGCACAACAUUUGAGAUCAGUGCUGUCAGGAAAGUUUUAGUUUUGUUUGUCAUUUGUGUAUCAAGUAUGCAUACCCUACACAUCUAAUUAAUUUUAUCUAAAUAUUUGGUGAAACGUAAGCUCCUCUUUAGGG